AGAGAGCGCUUUAUGAGUGAUACACAGAAGCACUCACUCGGUGUAAAGCGAGCGAGAGACAGACAGAGGGAGAGAGAGGGACGUACACACCUCAUAUGUGCAGAAAGCUGAACGCAUUCUGGGCGUAAAUAGGAAGGUGCAGACGCAGAGUGUACAGGACGGAUCGCUGCCGAGGAAGACGUAACUGAGUUGGUAGAGAAGAGAAGUUGGGAAGAAGGAGAGGGAGAUGCAGACUCAUCGUACAGAGGCCGGGGUCUGUCGGGAAAACAGGGACCUAUCGAGGGACACUGCAAAGAAAAGCAACAGAGGCUGGCUGGGUGUAUAAUCGAAGGAAGAUUGUGCAGAGGCAUACACCCCGAGUGCCUAGAAGAAGGAGGGAGUGCACAGGAAGAGAGGGGCAGAGAAAGAGAGAGGGGAAUCGCACGCGAACUGUAGAGGGGAGGGAGAAAAAGACAUUGCACAGGGGAGUAGAGAGAGAGCGCCUGUGCGCCUGGGCAGAGAGGCUCACAGCACAGAGGAAAGGAGCGCCAGGCUUCACAGAGGGAAAGAGAGGGAACCCAGCACUCGCCUCUCAGUUUAGGAGUCAGAGGGACGGCGGCAAUGACAGGACUGAGACAUUUGUCUGGAUCAACAAGACUUCUCCACACGCACAGAGUGUUGCAAAGGCUAAAUAUCAAUUUUUGUUUGGCACGCCUGCAGAAGACGACUCUUUGGAAAGGGGUUGCUUCCAAUCAACAAGAGAGGAUAAGUGCAUGAACAGCAAAUUCUCCGUGGAGCCGAGGACCAGGGAGGCUGACGAUCGAAUCUGGGUGCCUGGACUGAAUUGCAAGUUGUGGGAGCAGGACCAAAUCACCCAGGACAUUGGGGACGAAGAGCAGUCAACCACGGGCGAGCCUCUGCCAGGAUGCUCUGGCGUUUCCAGCUGCACAGUCCUAACGAUGGCGGGCUCCAAUUAUGGGCACGCGGUGACUGACUCAGGAGAGGCCCGCCCCACGCAGACCAUGGGAGAGCCAGAGCCCAGCCAUGGUAUGGAGGAGACGGCACUGAGAGGGACCAUGGAGGUGCUAGUCAGCACGACCCAGGUUGCGAAAGCCACUGUGUUUUCAGCUCUCCAGAGCCAGCAAGCUGAGUUGCUGCAGCUGGGCCAGGGGACAGUGACAUCGGGGGAGAGCGAACUUGGAAAGCGAGUGGCAGAUGAAAGAGGCCGACAGGAGCUUGCGGGCGGUGACAAGGAAAUGAAACAGACUCCAUCCUUGGCCCAUAAGGAUAUCGGCCUUAUAGUAGUGGAGGAAGGAAGUGCCCAAGCACUCCCUCAUGUAGAGGGACACACUGUUGUAGUGCCAGAGAAGGGUAGAGAACCUCAGCCAAAAAAGGACAGUGAUGUGUCACCAACACUGGUGAGCAAACACACAGAGACGAAGGAACCAAGCCCAGCACUGGGCCUAACCGACAAUAAGGACAAGGGGCCAGGAGGCCAAUUUCGAAACAGCAGUACCAGUGGAACUUCCAGGGACAGUGAGAAGGUUCCUUUGAGUCCAGCUCAGUCUGAAAUCAGAAGUGAUGAGGACGACGACGUCUUUGUGAGUGCCAGAGAGAGCGAACAGAGCGUAAAGAGCGAACCUUCCAUGGAAAACAAAUCAGCAAAUUUAUCGAUGCUGGCAGCAAUGAAUGACCCUGAAUUUGAAUACUCGUGGACCUCGCAGAAUGAGGUGACGGACAUUUUCAGCUCGCAGUUUGAACAUAUCAUGGAGUGUCAGCAGCUGAUGGGCACAUCUUACAACAGCCUGGACUCGCUGGACAUGAUAUCUUCCACGGAUGAGAGUGAAUGCGGCUUCAGCUUCGAGAUGCCUCUCACUCCCUUGAUUCAGCAGCGGAUCAAGGAAGGUAGCAGUCAGUUCCUGGGGGACGGGCUCUUGGAGUCUGCCCCCGAUGGCAGAGCAUCGCAACGCCUUGUUACCAACAUAAAUGGCACUUCAGAGAGCAGCACAGAGGAGCGGAUGAGCAUCAAUGUGUUGGACAAUGCAUUCCAUAAAUAUUCUCUGAGUUCCUUGGUAAAUGGAGCACCUCACAAUUUGGAAAUGUGCAAGGAGAGGCAGGAAGGGCAUUCUACCUCAAGUGAAUGUGGUGUGAAAGAAAUGCGCCCAGAUGGGGACCUUGAAAUGAGCAGUACGGAGCAGUCAUCACUCCACAGUGGUACUGACAUGGUGACCAAUGGGAAUAAGAGUGAUCUGGAGGCAGCCAGGAGGCUGGCCAAGAGGUUGUACAAUUUGGAAGGAUUUAAGCGAUCUGACGUGGCGCGACACUUGGGUAAAAAUAAUGAGUUCAGCAAGUUAGUAGCAGAAGAAUACCUCAGAUUUUUUGACUUCACUGGGUUGACCUUGGACCAGUCCCUAAGAAUUUUUUUGAAAGCAUUUGCACUAAUGGGAGAAACUCAGGAGCGAGAGCGGGUUUUAAUUCACUUCUCCAACAGAUAUUAUCAGUGUAACCAGGGCUCUAUUCCUUCGCAAGAUGGGGUCCAUUGCCUUACUUGUGCACUGAUGCUGUUGAAUACAGAUCUCCAUGGCCAUAAUAUUGGAAAGAAGAUGACCUGCCAAGACUUCAUUAACAAUUUGGAUGGAUUGAAUGGAGGAAAAGACUUCCCAAAAGAGCUAUUAAAGGCGUUGUACAAUUCAAUCAAGAAUGAAAAGCUGGAGUGGGCAAUAAAUGAAGAAGAGUUGAGGAAAUCUCUCUCUGAGCUUGCUAAUGACAAGACAGAUAAUGCUGGAUCCAAGACCAGCAAUCGUAUUGGUUCUGGUACUAAUCCGUUCCUUGACAUUCCACAGGACCCCAAUGCUAAAACGUACAAAACUGGCUUUCUCUCUCGAAAAAUUCAUGCAGAUAUGGAUGGAAAAAAAACUCCCAGGGGAAAAAGAGGUUGGAAAACAUUUUACGCUGUGCUCAAAGGCAUGAUUCUUUACUUACAGAAGGAUGAAUACAAGCCUGAAAAAAAUCUGUCAGAAGACGAUUUAAAAAAUGCAGUCAGCAUACAUCACACACUGGCAAUCAAAGCUACCGAGUACGAGAAGCGACCCAACGUGUUCAAGCUGAAAACAGCCGACUGGAGGGUCUUCCUUUUUCAAGCACAAAGCCCUGAGGAAAUGGAGUCUUGGAUAAAUAGAAUGAACCUGGUAGCAGCCAUGUUUUCUGCUCCACCAUUCCCAGCUGCUAUUGGCUCCCAGAAGAGGUUCAGCCGUCCGCUUUUGCCAGCCACCACCACCAAGAUGUCACAGGAAGAUCAGAUGAAGUCGCAUGAGGCCAAGCUGAAGCAGAUAUCUACUGAGCUUACUGAGCAUCGUUCUUACCCACCUGACAAGAAGGUCAAGGCCAAGGAAAUUGAUGAGUACAGGCUGAAGGAGCACUACCUGGAAUUUGAGAAAACACGGUACGAGACCUAUGUUCAGCUCCUGAAGGAUGGAGGGCAGGAGGUACUAAACAGCGUGGAGAAUGAUGGCAGUGGGAUGAAAAAGUCACAUUCCAGCCCAUCACUGAACCAAGAGAUGUAUCCUGUAAACACAAAAGUCAAGCGCAAUGUCUCGGAAAGAAAAGACCAUAGGCCUGAUACAACCAACAACAAGCAGAAAUCUUAAUUCCACAGCAGGAACACACCUCCCAACCCCUGUCACCAAAACGUAACCAAGUGACGCAAUCUGUGACUUGUAUAUUUUUGGGUAAAAUAUGAUUUAGAUGUCAACUUUUUGGUAACAGAAAUUGUGAGUAUGUGACUGAUAUGCUAGUCCUUCAUUUGCAGACACUCCUAUAGCUUCUAAUAUAUUUUUUUGGUUGUUUGUAGAUUGACAUUUUUUUUAAAUAUUGCCUUAAAGAGACAGACUCCUACAUGCUGACCUACUAUUUUAAAAACCAAUGAAGGUCAUUCAGUCCAAGGUUUACACAAGACGGCUAUCAAUGAUUGCCAGCCUACAAAUGAAUACGUGUCAUUUCCCAGACAGUGGCUGCAUUUCAGUGUAUGCGUCUGUAUAAAGUCGGGAACAAGGUGGCUGCUGACCUUUGCAGUCCUUUUUUUCAUUUCUAAUAGUUAAAUUAUUUAAGCCAAACACUCACAAAGAAAGUUAAAUGAAUGUUCCUCUGGGUGUUUUUAUUUGUAAAGAAACAUGGCUUUGUACAGUACAGCUUUCUUGAGAUCAACAAAAGGCAUUCUGUUUAAUAUGCUAAUGGCUGGAUCCUUGAUUAUUUCUCCUUCCUCAAAGUGAGAAAAUAUUUUUCAACUUUCUUAUUCACUCCUUCUCUCUUUCCAGUAGUUAUUCCCUUCAUUAGAUUAUUUGGGACCCUGCAUUUUAGUGAUUCCUGUUUGCAAACAAUUUCCACUCCAAAGAGAGCAUCAGUUUCUCCCUGUCUUUUGUGUGCCAGUUACAUAGCAGUAGAGAUAAUUCAGCAUUUAACAACACCACAUUGCCAGUAGCCCAGUGUCCUUGUACAGCCCACCCCACAUCGACAACCACUACUGAGCCAUGGAACAGUAGUCUCCAGUGUUGGGAGAAAAUAGUUUGAGACACUUUCCAUUUUUAAAUGAUCACAUGCUCCAUUUUCCACUUACUAUAAAUGCCAAACAACCUUGUUACUUGUAUAUGAUGUUUCCUUUACAAGAAUAUAACAAAUAUAUAGAAGGUACCAUCUGAAUCCUAUUGAUUGUAUCUUUAAAAAUUAGUAUUUAUAGUGCACUUUAAACAGGACACAUAGCUUGACCACUUGUUUUUAUUAUUUUUUUAAGUAAUGCGUGUAUGUCUUCCAUUUUGUUGUAUAGUUCCAGGGCACCCAGGCAAGUUCUGGCACCAGUCAGACAAGUUAAAGAGGCAGUAUUGUCGGAGAAUUGCAAUUGAUCUAAUAUAACAUUUGCUUGAAGCAGGAAAUUGCGUUUUGUCCUUCAGAGCCACUGUUGUGAUUGAAUUUCUAUUGCAACGAGGCUGUAACUUAACCCUCACCAUGCCAAUGUAGUCGGGGGUCUCACACCUGAAGGAGGUGCACAAAGUUGUGCCUAAUUGCAGGCUCAAUUCAACACACCAAUCCCGAAAAAGCUCAUUUUUUUCCUACAAAGAAAUUACAUCACUCUUGCCCGGCAGAAUGUCACUUAUACCUUCUGUGUCUGCAGAUAAUCAACGGCUGUAAUGGAAUUUAAAGUGAAAAGUGGUAUCUGCUAAUGCAUUUUCAGAGGCCAAUUGGUGCCUCUGCUCAGUGACAUUUGGUAUUUCUCUGUGCUGUUAUGAUAUAUUUAUUGACGUUCUUUGUUGCAUCUCCAUUCAGUUCUAUAGCCCAGUGGAUUUUUUUUAAAUGUUUCCUGUAUAUAAUAGAUUUACUGUACAAUAGCAUGCAGGAAGCCUUCUUUCUGCUGCUGAUGUUCCUUGUUUUUGCAUGCUGUCUUCUCAGAGAGACAAGAGUUCACAUCAAUAAAUUCUAUUAGAUGUUG